UUUAUUUUAUUCAUUCAUUACUUUUCUUUGUCAAAUUAAUUAUAACUUUUUUCUUUAAAAUAUUACUAGAAAUUUAUUUAGCCCAUCAUACACUUUUUGGAAGCUCAAUUAGGACGACUGAAACUGAAUUUUUAUUUGAAUUAAUUAUGCAAGAAAUGAACUCUGCUUUUCUUUUGAUGGUCGAUCCAUGUUCAAUUCCCACUACUCAUGGCCAACACAUUAGAAUCUUCAAUUUGCACGACGGAAUUCAACAAAUUGUUGGUUAUUGCAUACCUGUAAACCAAUGUGGCGGACUGUUUAAAAGUAUUCCAACGGCACGAGUCAUCAAAACAGUAGAUACAGUCGCACCAAACGGUGAUCAAUUGCUUACUAAAUUCAAGUUUGUUUUUCCCCCACUGAAUGUUGUGCCAAUGCAUGAUGAGGAAUUUCAAGAGAUGAUUAAGUCUCGACCAUUGCCGUUCAAAGGGGUAAGUGCGAAAAAUCGUUUCUUUGUGCGUCCAAUCCCUCAAAGUCCAACGCAAAAGCGGCCACAAUUUGAUGACAGUGCAAUGAAUUACGUGACGGACAGAUUUAAGCUGCAUUUGAAUCCUCAUUUGAUCCCAUAUAGAUUGCCUGAUGGCUUAGACUGUUUCAUUCGUUUGGAGCUUGCACAACAUUGUAGACAUGAUAUUUACUCGCAUGGAGGCACUGAUCAACAGCCUGUUCAACGAAAUCAUCAACAUAAGUCGCGCCAUCAACAUCAAUUUUCAAAGAUGAAUUGUAGAAUUUCUAUUCCAACCACUCAAUUAUUUUCAAACGCGGCAUCAAGCAAUUAA